UGUAGAAAUUUCACGUAUCGCUUUAGCUGCAAUGUUUGCGCACUGACUACGCAACAAGUUUCUCAAUACAGACCAACCAGCUUCAUCCCAUGUUGUUUCACUAUCUGGAUAAGGUAAAGAUUGCGCUUGUGAUCCAAUUACGGCGCAAAGAGCGAAUACGACUCUUUCGACUGUACUGUUUGGUACAUACGCGUAAGAUAAUACGGAUUGCAAUAACCUUAAAAUGCACGGUGUUUCAAUUGGGUUUGGAUUUGUUGGAUUAAUUGUAUUCAAUGAACCAAGAACCAACUUUGUAAGGUUUGCAGAGCGUAUUUGAGAUAUAUUAGAUUUUAUGUAACCUUCAAUUAAACUAAUUAAACGUAUGUGAACCCUUUGUAUUAAUGUAGCAUUCUCGAUUGAAGUGAAUUUGGAAUGCAUCGAUUGAUACUGUAAUCGAUCCUGCGAUAGUGCCUGACUGGACUUUCUCAACCAUCGACGAAUAAUAUGGGAGAAUGAAGGAUAAGCGCCACCUUCUUUUCCUGACUUGGUGAGAUUGUAUAAAGCGUUCAAUCGUGCAGCUAAUUCAGGAAUGUCCAUGUUCGGAUGGUGUUGUAAUAAAGCUGUCGCUAGUAAAUGAAAUCCUGGUAUUCUGAUAUUCAAGGGUGUUGUAUCACUGAUGAGUAAAUGCUUGAUGGAUAAAAUAGCGUUGAAAUUAGAUUUUGAAAGUGAAUAGCCCAUGCCCUGUGGAUCUAUAGCAGAUACCAAACUCCAUACUAAGCUAGAUGAUGGUUCAUCUACGAAUAGUUGGAUAGCUUCAUUGAUAUUGAUAGAUGGUGAGCUCGAAGAAGGAGAUGAACUGAGGGUAGUCUGACUAGACUGCCGAUGUAACUUAUGGGGACUGAUAAAUCUACUAAAAAAAGACUUAUGGUUGCUCAUCUCUUGGUUGUUCGCAACAACGAAGAUGACGGGACAAACGCCGCCAGAUCCUAAUAGUAAAAGUCAGCAGAAAAAACAGGCGAAGUUAGAGAGAUUAAAAGAGCAGAAGCCCUUGCGUAGAGCACAAGAUAGAGAAAGGAAGAAGCAGCGUAUCGCAAAAGCAAAGCAGGAGAAUGACGUUGAGUAUUUGAACGAAUUGAAGAAGCAGAAGCUGAAUAGGAAAGCGCCAAAUAAAGCUGAUAUCGUACACUCAGGCGUGAACGUCGUCAUGGAUUGUGCAUUCGACGAUUUACAAGUUGAUAGAGAAGUUAUUAGUUUAUCCAAUCAAUUAACUAGCUGCUAUUCUCUUAAUAGACAUACAAAACAGCCUACAUCGCUCAACGUCACCUCAUACAAUGGAAAACUCAAACAAAGAUUAGACACAUUGAAUACAGGAUGGGAUCUUGAUAAGAUAUCAUUCACUGAUAAACCAGUUGAGGAGGCCUACGACGUUAAAGACUGUGUAUAUCUCACAGCAGACACUGACAACGUAUUGACUGAACUCGAUACAUCCAAACAUUACAUAAUAGGUGCGAUGGUCGAUCACAAUAGAUUGAAGAACAUUACAGUAGAUAAAGCAAAGAACUUGGGCAUGUCUGUAGCCGCGUUGCCAAUUUCAAAGUACAUAAAAUUGUCCACUAGACGUGUACUCACAGUCAAUCAAGUGUAUGAGAUAUUAAUUGAGUACAUCAAGCAAAAUGACUGGGAAAAAGCCUUCUUUAGUGUUAUCCCACAACGUAAAUUAGAUACAGCUGUAGAAAAUGCAUAG